UAGCGCCGCCACGUCGGGCGGGAGCGUCGUCGCGUCCGGUGACGUCUCCCGCGGGCGUCGGCAGGGUUGGCGGCGUCGGCAGCCGUGUCGGCGGCGGCGGGUGGGAAAUGGCGGAGUACCUGGCCUCCAUCUUCGGCACCGAGAAAGACAAAGUCAACUGCUCAUUUUAUUUCAAAAUUGGAGCAUGUCGUCAUGGAGACAGAUGCUCUCGGUUGCACAAUAAACCGACCUUUAGCCAGACCAUUGCCCUCUUGAACAUUUACCGUAACCCUCAAAACUCUUCCCAGUCUGCUGACGGUUUGCGCUGUGCCGUGAGCGAUGUGGAGAUGCAGGAGCAUUAUGAUGAAUUCUUUGAGGAGGUUUUUACAGAGAUGGAGGAAAAGUACGGGGAAGUCGAGGAAAUGAACGUCUGUGACAACCUAGGAGAUCACCUAGUGGGGAACGUUUAUGUCAAGUUUCGCCGUGAGGAAGAUGCAGAAAAGGCUGUGAUUGACCUGAAUAACCGCUGGUUUAAUGGACAGCCAAUCCAUGCUGAGCUGUCUCCUGUGACCGACUUCAGGGAAGCCUGCUGCCGCCAGUAUGAGAUGGGAGAGUGCACACGAGGAGGCUUCUGCAACUUCAUGCAUCUCAAGCCCAUUUCCAGAGAGCUGCGGCGGGAGCUGUAUGGGCGCCGUCGCAAGAAGCACAGGUCCAGGUCCCGAUCCAGGGAGCGGCGCUCUCGGUCCAGAGACCGUGGUCGUGGCGGUGGAGGCGGCGGAGGAGGUGGGGGCCGCGAGCGUGACAGGAGGCGAUCGAGAGAUCGUGAAAGAUCUGGGCGAUUCUGAGCCAUGCCAUUUUUACCGUAUGUCUGCUAGAAAGUGUUGUAGUUGAUUGAUCAAACCAGUUCAUAAUGGGAAUUUUUUUUAAAAAACAACAAAAAAAAAACACAAAGAUGGGUUUCUGAAUAAAAUUUGUAGUGAUACAGUA